UCCCUCUCUCUCUCUCUCUCUCUCUCCAACCAAAAAUAUUCAAUCUCACACCCUCCAAGCACUCCAUCCUCUCUUCUCUCUCUCUCUCUUUCGCUUCCCUGGCCGGAAGAACCCAAACGAAAGCGCCAACAACCCCCCGCCGGCGUCUACUACUGAUCUCGAUUUCUAACGGGCAGGCAGCUGUGGGUCGCCGGCGAAACGGUAGCUACAUCACUACUACUUUGGUUCUUCUUUUGCUUUGCUUGUUCUUCCUUUUCUUCCUUCCUAUCUGUAAAAGAAGUAUAAAAGCAAUUGGCCGGGCGGGAGGAAUCUUUUUUUUCUUCCUUUUCCAACUCCGAAUUCCUUUCCUUCCUCCUCCCCAGCUGUCAAUCCCAAUUCCGACUCCAAUUCGGAUUAAAUCCCCCAAUAAAUUAAACCCCAAUCCUCCGUCGAUCCGACCCAGAAAAAAAAGGAGCUGCUGUUGUUCUUUUCUUCUUCACUGGGGCAAUAUGUCGAACCCUUGGUGGACGGGACAAGUCGGGCUGGCGGGGAUGGGUGACGCAUCCACCACCAAGCUCCAGCAGAAUCAACCAGAUCUCGGCAUCUCAAUCUCCAACGCUGCCGCAACCGAGAGCGGCUCCGGCGCCCACGACGACGACCGUGACCACAGCGACGAGCCCAAGGAGGGCGCAAUCGAGGCCGCGACCCGGCGGCCGAGGGGCCGGCCCCCGGGGUCCAAGAACAAGCCGAAGCCGCCCAUCUUCGUCACCCGGGACAGCCCGAACGCGCUCAAGAGCCACGUCAUGGAGAUCGCGAGCGGCACCGACAUCACGGACAGCCUGGCUUGCUUCGCAAGGAAGCGGCAGCGCGGGGUCUGCGUCCUGAGCGGCAACGGGAUGGUGACCAACGUGACCAUCAAGCAGCCCUCCGCGGGGGCAGGGUCGCCCCCCGCCACCCUGCCCGGGAGGUUCGAGAUCCUCUCACUGAUGGGGGCGUUCCUCCCCGGCCCCGCCCCGCCCGGUGCGACGGGCCUCACCAUCUACCUGGCGGCCGGGCAGGGCCAGGUGGUGGGAGGGAGCGUGGUGGGCCCGCUCAUCGCGAGCGGGCCCGUCAUGGUGAUCGCGGCCACGUUCUCGAAUGCGACCUACGAGAGGCUGCCGCUGGAGGAGGAGGAGGAGGCGGGCGGUGGGCAGCAGAUGGGGAAGAGCGGCGGGGAAGGUGGAGGAGGCGGCGGAGGAGGGAUGGGGGAUCCUAGUGGGGCUGCAUCGAUGCCGUUUUACAAUUUGCCGCCCAAUCUACAGGUGCCGAAUGGGGGACAGUUGAAUCAUGAAGGGUAUGGGUGGCCACAUGGCGGCGGAGGUGGAGGGCGGCCGGCGCCGUUUUGAGAGAAAGAGAAAGAGAUCAGGUUCUUCUGCUUUGCUUUGCUGUGAUGUGUGUGUAAGUAGUGUUUUAUCUGCAGGUUCAGUAAAAAAAAAGGGAGGAAGUAGUAGCAAGGAUUGUCAAUUUAGGUGGUGAUGAUCCUAUGGUGGUUAAUUAAUAAUAAGACUCUCUUUCGGAAGGAAGAAAUCAAAUUCUCAAGUCUCUUUUGUUAGGAUUUCUGGUGGUUUUUCCUUUAUUUUCGUAGCUUAAAAUUAAUCUGCAUAUAUAAUGACUGAAUUAAUGUUUGUGGCUUUU